GCUUUUGGUUUCAGUUUUGAUUUUUAUUUCUUUCAGGAACUACAUGGCUUUACUGCAGAAGAUAACCGGCCAAACUCUGAAGGCACAAUUCGCAAGAUCUCCAUUGAUACAGAAAAUAAUGUCACAGCUUUUGUGGCUAGAAACCUGCAACCAGUAAGAAUAGCCAAUGGAGAGCAGGAUCCCAGAUUUCCAGAUGGCGCGAUGGUCGACCCGAAUUUGGCAGCUUUCAUCUUGGCACAUCCAAUUCAACAACCUGACGGGGAAUUAACCGGGGUUCUUGAAUUAUACCGGAACUCCGAAGAAGGACCGUUUUACGAAGAAGACGAGGAGAUCAUCAAUAGUUACUUGGUUUGGGGAGGAAUCGCUCUUCAUUAUGCCGAGAUGUACACCAAUAUGGCGCGUCAGAGAAAACUCAAUCACUUCUUGUUGGCUGUUGUCAGGUCAAUCUUUCAAGACAUGAUUUCAAUGGACUCAGUGAUUGUCAAGAUAAUGGUAAGGACAUGUUGUUGAGUAAAUAUGGUUAAC